GUAUUUAAACGAACCGAGACUCGGGGUGAUUCACUUCGCAAAAUGUUGUUACCACUAUACACGUUCGCAGCGUUAGCAAAUAUUAUCGCAAAAGCUAAUAAUUAUGAUAUAAACGUCCCAUACGACCCUGACUUUGAUAUACGAGUGAAACGCGAUGUAAACAGCGACGAAAUCAACAAUAAUGAUAUUAGCCGUGAUGUGAAUGUGAUUUACGUGAGAAAUAUCGAUAAUAAAGAGGAUAGUGGAUUUGUUCGCAGUUAUGACGAGAAUUCCGAACCAGUGGAAGUAUAUUUUGACGAAUACGAACACAAAAAUGAUUUAAAUAAGGAAAUUGGUGGUCACGACGUCAAUAAGAAGAUAAAGCCAAAAGGCUAUUAUGUUUAUAAGGAUAAUGAUGUUGUUACAUCCAAUAAAAUUUCCACUACAAAUAAGUUACAAAGGCAAAAUGAAAUUAACUCCGAUAAAACGAUACCGAACCAAAAUAAUUAUGAGAAAAUAGGCAUUGAAUUAUUAAAAAAUAACCAAAUGGUAGUUAAAGAUAAUAAAAGAGACAAAAGAAGCUACUAUUUGCCUUAUGCUACUGUUAAACAGAAUGCAACUGAAAAACAAAACGAAACGAACAUUUUAUAUUAUCAAUUGAGUGAUUCUUUAACACAAGACUAUAAUGUUAAAAAUGAUAACUUUAGCAACGGCCAGGGAAAUUCGGAUAUAAAAAACGAUACAUUUUCCAUGAAGAAUCACACAAAAUACGAGGAUUCGUCUACAAAAAAUAAUACAAAUGUGAAUAACAAUUUACCAGUGAACCAAAAUCCAGCAAAUCCGAGUAUUGAACCAAUCGAUUCUUAUGAAAUAUAUAACAACGACUACGAUAAUGAAGGAUAUUUCGUGUAUAACAAACCCGACAAGGUGGACAUCUAUCAUCCAAAGCCUAAAGUAAACCAAAAUCCAGCGGAAAUUCCAAAAAAUAAACAAAAAGGUAAAAUACCAUCAGUAAGUAACAAUGGUACCGCAAAUAAAUCACCCGCUGUGCAAAGCGAGGGCGUUAAUAAUUCUAAAUUGAAUGAAACGAAGUCCUUAGAAAAAACGAUAAAUCAAGAGGACAAGGAAAUUCUUCAAACCCAAGAUGUUAAUAAUCAGAAAGAUAGGCAUUACCGCUUUGCGCGCAGUACGGAUUCAGCAAAAGUUUCAGACAUCAAUCUCGAUUAUGAAAAUAAUGGUGAUUUCAUCGUGUUCAAAAGACCAAUACUUGUAGUCCAUAAGAAACAAAGAAAACAAACAGUAAGACCCAAAAAUUACAAAAACAAUAAUAUCCCAUCGUCAACUACACCUAAUAAUCCUAAAAACAAGCAAAUUUAUCAUAAUACAAAUAAACCCACACCACGACCCGUUCGAACGACAACAAAGGCCAAUAAAUUAGAUUCGAGCGAUGAAUCUAGUGGCUCAAGUGAAGGCGUCGAUAGAACUGUAAUUUCACACAAAAACAAUGUAAAAUCGACUGGACGCUGGCAUCGUGUAGAUCGUCUAAAACGAAGUUACUAUUUACCCAUUCCUAAUGACGAUGUAAAUAUGAAGAAUGACGGAAAAACUUAUCACGGAGGACGUAAACCAAAUCGCGGAUAUUAUCCCUUGAGCGAUACACAUAUACCAGGUUAUAAUGACGGUUACGAUGCAUCUAAUUUCGAAGGAGGAGAAGUAAGACCUUACCCAAAAAACAAAAAUGCCAGCCCCACCCUGCCACCAAAACGCAACGAUGACAGAAACUACGAAGAUCAAACAAACGUUCAUCUUAACCAAAAAUAUCCUAAAAAUACUCGAAUCCAUAGAGUUGAAAAAACACAAACGCAGCACGAGAGAGAAGAGAACGAAUCAAACGAAGGUUUAUUCAGUUCAUUUUGGAAGCCUGUAAAAUCCUUCUUUAGCAGAUUAAGACGAAGCAUAGACGAACCCGACCACGAUUUCCCGCCUCAGACAGCACACAUUCGGAAACGAAAGAGCGUCUCCGAAUUUUUCUACAACAUCAUUGACAAAGUUGAAUCGUACACGCGAGGGAGUCAAGUGUAAACACGGAGCACGCGGAACUCAUAGAUUAUAAUGGAAAUUGGAACAGUAGUAGCGAAAAUACACAUACGAAUUAUCAACUACCGUAUGUAUUCAAUGAAUUGGAGUAUGUUAAUAAUUACGAUGCGCAGGAUAUAAAUCCG